CAGAUGACCACAAGGUGGAGAAUCCUUCAACUCCCUCCAAAAGGGGGAGGUCUGACUUCAUGGAGAUGUUCUCCUCCUCCUCCUCCUGCAGGAGCAGUGGGACUGUGAGCAGAGCAUUGCUGAGCUGAGAGCAGCACACGGAGGGGGAAGUAUGGUGCCCUGAUACUCCUAAGAACUUUCCUGUCCAUGUUUGCACCACCAAAGACUCUUUGUUUUUAGCAGCAAGCAUCCCUGAGCUUCCAGUUUUUCACAUUUACUUUCAGCCUUUUAGUUUCCAAACAUGGGCUGCUCAUCCUCAAGUGCACAGACUGUUGAUCAAGAGAAAAAACCAGGGACCAAGCCUGAGGAGACCAACGGAGACACUCAGGGAGUCAGAAACGGGAUUGUUGCAGACGAUGCAAAAACCAUCGAGGACCAGAUGCAGCUGCCUGUCCAGACUGCUUUACCAGAAAACCUCCAAACAGGAGCUGAAGAUGAUGGAGAGCCGGUGUUAAUGGCCAUAGAAGCCCAGGAGGAUCUGGGUUCUGGAGAGGACCUCCUGGCAGCUCCAGAGCCACAGGAGGCGGCACCAGAGACUGCAGCUCUAGCAGAAGAUGUGUCCGCCGAGCAUCCUCCUGUGGUGGAAGUCCUCGUUGAAUCUGUGCAGGCAGAAGCCCCCACUGCCACUGAAGAGGAGGCUCCUGCAGCAGAUGCUGAACUGGCUCCAUCUGAGCCCGCAGAGGUUCUGACGGUCUCUGAGGCUGUAGAGCCCCCUGCUGCUGUGGCUCAGGAAACUCCUGCUGUGGAGACAGCUGAGGCCCUCGCUGAAGCAGCCGCUGGAGCUCCAGCGGAGGACACUCCACCCGCAGAGGUUCUGACGGUCUCUGAGGCUGUAGAGCCCCCUGCUGCCGUGGCUCAGGAAACUCCUGCUGUGGAGACAGCUGAGGCUCCCGCUGUGGAGACAGCUGAGGCCCCCGCUGAAGCAGCCGUUGGAGCUCCAGUGGAGGACGCUCCACCUGCAGAGGCCCAGAUUCCCAAUUCAGCAUCAGAGGCUGCCUUAGAAACUCCAGCUGAAGUUCUGGAAAACAAACCAGACGAGUCUUCAGUUCCGGUCCUGAAUGUAGCUUCAGUACCAGCUGAACCGUCUGAGCCUGUCGAUGAAGAGCCCAUUGUAGAUGCAGAAAUUGCUGCUGCAACUGUUCCAGAAAUGCCUUCAUCGCCUGCGGUUUCGGCUGACGCUCAAGCAGAACUUCAUCCUCCCACUGAAGGAGGAGGAGCUUCCACAGCCACCGAUGACACAGAGGGAACCCCAGAACCAGAACCUGAUGCUGUCGUUGAGCAGUUUCAGAAUGCAGAAGCUUCAAGCGUUUCAGAAACUCUUUCAGAAGAAGCGGCAGCGUCCAGUGUGACCUCUAAGGCGGAUACAGAAACUGCUUCUGUGGUUGAGCCCAGCCCAAUAGAACCUGAGGAGCUGUCGUCUCCAGAACCAGCUGCUGGUCCAGAUCAAGAGGCUUCAGCAGACGUGUCUUCCUUCGACCAGACUCUAGAGGAGAUCCACAGUGGGACAGCCAAAAAGGAGGACUGAGUCGGCAGAAGACAUUCCUGAAUAACCAGCACCGAGUACUGGAUGGAGGAACCAGAAAAAAAACUGUCACUAUUGUUCAUCAGCGCUCACCAAACUUUACAAAACUGUGGGUAAAAGUCAAAGUGCCUUAAUAGUGGUUCCUUUAGGAACAAUGAGUUCUUUUUCCUGCAUGUAUUCAUACUUUUUUUCCCUCAAAAACUCCAAGUGCCUCGAGUAUAUUUUAGUUCUUUCAGACAUGAUUCAAACAUUUAGUUUAAAACUAGGUCUUAAAAUGAGGACAAUACAACUGGGAUGAAUUCAGAAGAUAUAAUCACAGUGAUUUGUCUUUUCUGAGUCUCUAUGCUCUUUCUGCAGUUCUCGCCAUGCUUCUUUGCAGCAUUGCUUCACUGCAUUGAUGUUUGAGUGUGCAGUCAUCUCCAGUCCGCAGACAGGUUGGACUUUGGCUCAUUGCAUCACUUCACUCUUCUGUACAGUGAGUCUGCUGUCCUGGUUCUGUGGUUAUAGAACCAUCACUGCAGCUCUCAAACAUGUCUGUAGCUUACCUGAAAUCCUCUAAACAAGCUUAAAAGGUGUGAACGUUAGUUUUCAGAAGGUUAGUUUUCAGGGCCUUGUUUAGAUGAUAUAUUAGUUCCAAUGUCAAAAGUAGAGCAGAUGCUCCUCUGUGCUCAUCUUUAAUUCAUUUGUUCUUCAGAACUUCUGUUCUCAUAGCAGCAAUCUGGUUUCAUCAUCCAGUCAGCUGAAUUUCAAAGUAAAGGAGUCUUUUGUCUGUAUUAAUAUAAAAAAGAAAUGGACUGUUAUGUCAAAGUUUUAAAAAAUCAUAUCCAUUUGGUUCAGCUUUUUUUUGUCUAGGCUAGGAGUGUCAAACUCAAUCGCACAGGGGACCAA